AUGUCAUACACCAACCCAACCAUUAACCCAACCCGACCCAAAACCAAACUCAACCCACCUAACAAAAAAAAAAGGAAAAUCAUCUGGUUAGUGGCCAUUUUCAGAACUUCGACUUCCUGGUUCCGACUCGAACACGAACACCACCACCUUCGACUUCCUGGUUCCGAGUCCGAGCGUGAGGGUGUGCCACGCGUGGUGGGCCAGGAUCGUGAAGUUGGUCGGGAGGAACGCGGCGGUGGUCGGGAGCGGCGGAGUGGUGGUCUUCUUUUUGUCGGCGGCGGUGGGUGUGGGAGGGUAGGAGAGGAGCUUGAGGAGCUCUAGAGGGCGGGCGCGGCGGAUUGUGAAGGAUUUGACGAUGAAUUGGCUGAAUCCUCCGAUUCGUAAGGAACUAAGAGGGACUUUAGUACCGCGAUUUUGGAGCGCAAGAAGGCUGCCAACCGCCUUGUAGUCGACGAGGCUGUCAACGAUGACAACUCCGUCGUCGCUCUCCACCCCGACACCAUGGAGAAGCUCCAGCUUUUCCGCGGUGAUACGAUCUUGAUCAAGGUUAUAAUUUGCUGACUCUUGAUCUUCCGCUCCUUGGUUUCUUCUUUGUUCUUCUUCCAAUUGAGGGGCUUGGAUUGAGGAUUUGUGGGUAAUUGGGAACUACAGGUUGGAAAUUGGCCCUUGCUCAUCUAGGUUCCACUGAUCUCGUAUGGGAUGUGUCGGGUUUAUUACUCGAUUGUUAAUGAUUAUUGAUUA